AAUGAAACACCCCGAAAUAUGGACAAUUCGAUCUACAAAUUCGCGGUCUGCGAGAAUCUUAUUUAUCUGGGUUCUCUUCAAGUUAUUUCAUCUGGUGAUUCUAAUGAAAUUCGUAAUACCCUAGUGCAAAUGGUCAAAGAUCACGAUGCAGACAUUAUUGAGGGUUCGGCUCCUCCCAAGCCUCUUGUUUGCAUAUCAUUCUUCAUUACCGAUGAAUCUAAAUUUAGCAUUAUCAAUCAGAAAACAGAGGAGAUUAUUGACACUUUCGAUGCCUCAAAAAUUGUCUAUCGAGAAAGCAAGUGCGUUAGAGGCACUCAUGGAUUUGUUGUUUUCGUUUAUCCGCAUGCCGACUCGGUUUCAAAACAAUUGGAAUACUAUUGUUAUGUUUAUCAGUGUACUUCAUUUUUCGAAUCCUAUAUCUGA